GGAUCGGGACCGGGACCGGGAUCGGGACCGGGAUCGGGACUGGGACUGGGACCGGGACCGGGAUCGGGAUCGGGACCGGGAUCAGGAUCGGGACCGGGACCGGGACCGGGAUCGGGACCGGGACCGGGACCGGGACCGGGAUCGGGAUCGGGAUCGGGAUCAGGACCAGGAGCGGUGGCGGGGAACUGGGAAAUGGGAUCGGGACCGGGACCGGGACCAGGACCAGGACCAGAACCAGGAGCGGUGGCGGGGAACUGGGACCGGGACCGGGACCGGGAUCGGGAUCAGGAUCAGGACCAGGACCGGGAUCGGGACCGGUGGCGGGGAACUGGGACCGGGACCGGGAUCGGAAUCGGAUCGGGACCGGGACCGGCACCGGUGGCGGGGAACUGGGACCGGGACCGGGAUCGGAAUCAGGACCAGGACCAGGACCAGGAGCGGUGGCGGAGAACCCGACCGGGACCGAGGGGCGGGGAAUGGGGACCGGGGACCGGGACCGGAGAGGCAGCGGAGAGUGGGACCGGGGAGCGCGACGGGAACUCGGAACGGCGCCGGGGACCCGGGACCAGGAUCCGGACUGUGACCGGGAUCCGGAUUGUGACCGGGAACCGGACUGUGACCGGGAACCGGACUGUGACCGGGAGCGGGACUGUGACCGGGAGCGGGACUGUGACCGGGGCGAGGAUGGAACCGGGACUGGUCUGGGGGUGGGGGCCGGGGGAGGCUCGCAGGGGCUCCAGGGGGGUGACACGAGGUCCGUCCCCGUGCCCAUCUCGGUGCCCGGUGUCCGGUGCCCGCCUCACACCGGCUCUGUCCCCUCCCCAGGGCUACCCCGGCGCCGGACAGCCCCCCCCGGUCGGUCCCUACCCCGGGGCUCCCUAUGGCGGGGGGCCACCCCCGGGGCCCUACGGGCAACCCCCGCCCGGGGGUCCCUACGGUAGCCCCUACGGCGGCCCCCAGCCCGGGCCCUACGGCGGGGCGGCCCCGGGAGGGAAUGCCCCCCCGGGGGUGGAUCCCGAGGCGUUUUCCUGGUUCCAGACGGUGGAUACGGAUCACAGCGGGUUCAUCUCCGUCAAGGAGCUGAAGCAGGCGCUGGUCAACAACAACUGGUCCUCGUUCAACGAUGAGACCUGUCAGCUCAUGAUCAACAUGUUCGACAAGACGCGGUCGGGGCGCAUCGACGUCUACGGCUUCUCCGCCCUGCUGCGCUUCAUCCAGCAGUGGAGGAGCCUCUUCCAGCAGUAUGACCGGGAUCAGUCCGGCUCCAUCAGCUUCAGCGAGCUCCAGCAAGCUUUCUCCCAGAUGGGAUACAACCUGAGCCCCCAGUUCAGCCAGCUGCUGCUGGCCCGGUACGCCCAGCGUUCCCCCAAUCCCAAUCCCAGUAUCCAACUGGACCGGUUCAUCCACAUCUGCAUGCAGCUGCAGAGCCUCACCGACGCCUUCCGGGAGAAGGACACGGCCAUGGUGGGAAACGUCCGGCUCAGCUACGAGGAUUUCCUCACCAUGGUGGUGACCCGGAUGCUGUGACAUCCCCACUCCAAAGGCUGGGAAUUCUGGAGCUCUCCAGGAGCUUCAGCCGUCCUCAUCUUCCCGUUGGAUGUGGCCGAGCCCCUCUGGGAGUUUUCCCCCGGGGCCAAAUUUCCGCCUUGACCCACCCCAAAUCCUUGCUGGGGUUUUCCUGGCUUGGAUUCUUUGUGUGCGUUCCGUGGGAGUCGGGAUGAAUCCCACGCCAAACUGGGGCAGCCAAACCAGCUCAGAUCCCGUGCCAGCCCCAAAUUCCAGCUUCAUCCUGAGGCGCCUGCAGCAGAGCAUCCCCGUUUCGGGGAGGGAAAGCUGAGCCUUGGGUUUGGGAGCAGCAGGAAAGGGGAAAAGUGAGGAGAGAGCUCCUUCCUUCCCUCCCUGGGAGCACAUCCCACCCUGGGAAUGCUUUCCUGGAGGGGGGGGGGGGUCUCAUCCCUGGUUCUCCCGGGGCUGCUGGAAUGGGAUGUGCUGCUGCAGCCCCGCGGGAUCAUCCCCUCGCUGUUGCCAAUCCUGAAGCCAAAUCCGGGCAAAGUUUAAGAGCUCGAUUUUUCCAGCUUUGGAAUAAAACGCGUUGUGCUCCG